UCUAUCGUAAAUCCACUCACCAUUAUCAUUCUUAAGAGCUUCAAUCAUUUUCCUCAUUUUACAACAAUUAGUCAUAGUAUGAAAAUACAUGGUGUUUUCAUCUCUCAGAGAAUACUAAUUACAUAUUGAUUGUUAUAGCCAUAUGAUUUCCUCUUGAACAAGAAUCCCCUCCAACUUGUACUAGGUAUCAUGACAUUCAUUCUCCAAUGCUAUUGAAUUCAUAUUCCCCUUUCUUUUACUAUUAAUAUCUUCAAGCUUAAAAAGCAAAUCAACCUUUUCCUUGUUUACAUUUCCAAACACAUGCUUGUUCCAAUCCAUAGCAUUUGAAAUAAAUCAAUUCACAUUUCCUUCCUAACUAUCCGAACUGCACCAGGAACCUUUAACCAUAUCAUUGAAGCCAUCAUGUGUAACCUAUGGUGUAAUGAAAUAGAAGGAAUACUCCUUUCUAGGUUGUUCACAUUCUUUUCUUAACUUCAAGAGAAUAAGAUAAUGGUCAAAUUUAGUUUUGGGCAGGUGGACUACUGAAGCCUCAAGAAAGUACUCAAAUCACGAGGCAUUAACACAUAUACAACCAAUUCUACUUCGUGACUUCCUAUUACUCCAAGUAAAUUAAGGUCCCUAGAGCCCCAAAUCUAUCAAGCCAGUUUCAGUAAAUCAAUUUCUAAAAUGCCUAUCAGGUCUCAGUAGUGAAGAAGACAAGGAAAAACGUUCCUCUUCACUAAGUAUAGCAUUAUAGUCUCCUCCAAUACACCAUCUCUACACCCCAUUCCUUUCAAUCUAACAUAAGCUUUCCUAUAACAUACUCUAUUAAGCAUUAUAAGGGUGCCCAUAAACAAUAGAAAAAUCACAUUCUUCAUUAGUUCCCUCAUCAAAUCAACCGUGCAACACUUGAUCAUGCUUCUCCUUGACUUAAAAUUUAACAUCUUCCCCCUAGAAGGACCAGAUUCCAAUAUUAAACCUGUUAGCUUUCACACAAUCAAACUUCAACAAGCCAAUCUUAUGAGCUAUUACUCUGGCUUUCGAACUAUCAUGUCUUGUUUCCAAAACGGCUAGAUAUUGAACCUUAUAUCUACGAUAUGAUUCUAAGAGAAAAUUCUAAAAACCUCAUCCUCCCACUCUCCUUACAUUCCAGAUAAGAAUAUUAUAAUUAUGAAUUUGACAAUCCAUAAAAAAAUAUUAUAUGAAAAGAGAAAUAGCUUAGACCAACCUACAGGCCAUAAUCCGCAUUAACUACAAGCUCCUCCAUAUCCUCCUCAAACGAGCCCAUAGAUAAAGGAUUAGAGUGUACAAAAAAGUCUACUUGUUUAUUAGCACCUAGAUUCAUAGGAUUAUCAUCAUUGACUUUUUAGAUUCAUAUCCUAACUUAUCCUCCAUCACUCCAUCCUAGUCCAAAUCCAUACUUCUAUGGGCCACCUGCUUAUCCCUACUUCUUAAUUUAUGAAGGCCCAACUUCUCCUUAGCCUUGUUUAAUUCUUUCAUACCACUCGAUGCCUUUGAUUUUGAAGCUGGCCCAUUCUCAAAGUUACUGGUACUAGGCCCAUUAUGUUGAUACUUCCCCUUUUGCUCCAUUUUUUGUUUUGGUACACUUAUUCCCACAUUCUUAUUACUAAAACAGCUGGCUUUUUUUCCUUUAUUUAGAUUAGUAAUAUCUCCUAACGGGGCUUUUCCCUCUUGUUUUCUUGGAAUAACCUCCUCCAUACUUCCUCUUGAUCCUUUAAAAUUGAAUAAUGUGAUUUUAAGCCCCUUUUUUAGUGAUUUUUCCCUAAUAUCCCACUUUAGGUUAUUCCCCUAACCCUUCAACCAACCACCUCGCCAAAGCCAUCGUCGCCUUUGAACUGUCAUCCAAGCAUCAUAAUUAACCUCAGAUGGUAUCACCUCUCCUCUGUCAUCACCAUCCUUUCCUCCUUCAUUUGAUUAUUCACUACUUACAGCCAUAAUUGCACUCGUCACAUUUACAUUCACUUAAGAACUCUUCUGCAUUUCUUCUUUCUCCGACGUUUGUACCUUCUUUGAACAACAAUCGUUGUCAUAGUCAUACUUACCACAGUUAGGAGUGUUCAAGAUGUACCCGGCCCGACUGACCUGUACCGGCCCGUGCUCGUCCCGAUCAUAUUGGGACGGGUCUGUCCUAGUCUGAAAAAAUUUGGGACGGGACUUUUUUGGGAUAGGGACAAAAUAGGGACGGGACGGGACGGGACACGAGCCAUCCAUCGAGACGUCCCGUCCCAUCCCGUUUAUUCAGUAUAUAUAAAUAUAUAUAUUUUUAAAUUUAACUAUUAUUUAUUUAUUUUAAUUAAAUUGAUUAUUUGAUUUUUAAUAUUAUUUUUAGCUUUUCUGAGACAGACACGUGGCACGGGCACACAGCAGCAGAGAGACCAUUUUGAUUUUUGAAGUUCCUUUUCCCUUUCCAGUUUCCACUUUCCAAAUCCAGAUCCAGAUCCCUCCGCCUCCGCCAUUCCAAAGCUCAGUUCGGUUUCCAUCUUUCCCUUCCAUUCCAAAGCUCCAAGCCUCCAACUCCAACUCCAAAGAUCCCUCCGCCGCAGAUCAGUCGCCCAGCCACAGAGACAAAGCAGAGUAGCAAACCUUCAGUCCUUCAGUUACAUUAUCUUUCUACUCGAGUUUCAACACACAAAGAUUAGAGCUGACGCCUCUGCCUUCGCGACCUGGACCAUACCUCUAUCCCCACCUCCAUGCCUCCGUCUCGAGCUGUAGUGUAAGGUAUCUGUUGCCUCAACCCAGAUCUCUACCCAAAUCUUUGUCCCAGGCUCCCAGCGUUGCCUCAUAUUUCUGUCGGUUGCACCGUCAAGUUCAUGGUUUUGGUCCUCCCCUGCCUUAUAUUGUUGAAGUUUCAUCUUUCUCCUCCGUUUGAGCAGCUACAAGGGUGCGCCGGUAAUGUCUUCCUCCCAUGAAAUGAGUCACCGUCUUUUAAAGACGUAGGAGUCUCCAUCAAACACCCAACUCAUUCCUUUAAUGCUAUACUUCGCCAUUGUCUCCUUCCCCUGCUCUUCGACGCUGUUCUAUUUGAGGGAGUUCUAAAUUUUUCUACUUGCUUCAUCAUGAUUGGUUAGAGGUGAGGAUUCGUAAUUCUCUUCUAGAUAUGGCAUUGCAUCUAAUUGUGAGACUCAUUUGUUCUUUAUUGUUCUUGGAACACCGUAAUGUCGUGGGUGAGGGGAGGAAAUUUUACUUCUAUUGUGCAAUUGGAUGUUUAAAGAGGGUAAAGGAAAUUGAGCUUCCUUUAUGGUUGAGAACUUGAGAUUGAUAUGUUUGAGCAGUAUGAAAAUGACACCUCUUAGUGGUUUAAAUAGUUACUUGUAUGACUUUUCAGUUUUUAAAAUAUUUUUUUUAAUUAACAAAGGUUAAUCUCAAUGAAAAGGAUAUGAGAUUUCAUACUCGAAUCAAUAUAAAUAUACAAAACAUAUGUGAAAGAGUUACCCUUAGGUAAGCUUGACAAUGCUUAAAUUUAAUCUAAGUAAAUAGGCAUAUUAAAAAAAAUCCUUUUAAUUAUUUAGAUAUGCAUUUACAAUCAUGUUUAAAGAACGGUUCAAUAUUGUUACUCGAUUAGGAAAAGAUUUCAUGUUGGUGCAUUUUAGUUGAGAAAGGCCUUUUAGAUACAUUGUUACCCAAUCACAAAAAGUUAAGCUUUAAUUAAAUAUAAUUUAAUAUUAAAGCAUCACAGAAUGAUGAGUGAUUUUAAUUUAAUCCCUUGAGGUUUGCUUAUGGAUGGUUGAAUCAAAGUUGUUUCAUGGGGCACACACCGUUUGGCGCACAUGGUCAUUUAGAUUUGGCAAAUCCUCAGUUUCAUGUGGGCCGACUCACCCAUGUGCCCACCCUUCAUUUCUCAAUUUGUAAAGAAAUGGAUCCAAACUGUACUCUUGCUAAGUUCUACCAAAACAAAUAUACUGUUGCUUAUAAUGGACCUGCACUACUUCACAGUAAACACACCAACCAAAAAGAACCUACACGAGUUUUGGAAUCUAUCUAACUAAUAAAUCUCACUCCUUCCAUACAUUCUAAUUUCUAAAUCAUAAAAGUUAGAGUUCUAUACUAUAGUAUUUAUAAUUUAUAAAUAAUACUAUAGCAAACUUUCACAAGACAAUUGUUCUAAAUUGCAAAGAGGUAAAUCUAUUAUCUCGGUGAUAUGUUUAUAUGCCCAUUCUAUUUAUUCUUGUUUUUAAGAAAAAUAAAUAUUGGUUAGGAAAUGUGUUAAUAUCAUUUAAUUCCAUCUUCUUUCCAGGAAGGUGAUAUUUUAAUUCUGCUUUUGUUAUGCUUGCUGAAAAUAGUGCUACAACAAUAUAUUAAUUGCUUACUUUUUUUUGUUUGCUGUGAGAUUUAAUGGAUUAUAUCUCUCUACCAAUUUGUUGAAAGUUUUGAUGAUUUAUCGUGCUUACUAUGUCAGACUGGUCUCUUUCAAAUCUAUUUGAAUAUUUAAUAUGAGGUUUUAAUCAGUUAAGGGUUGUUGUUGCUGCUGCUAUUGGCUAAAUCUACAUUGCAAAGAAAAAUGGCCACUACACCCACCCUUCAAGAAAAUGUUGAAACAAUAGAAGGAGAUCCUGAAAAUGCUUUAUCACCUGAUACUGAAGAGGAAAAUAAGGGAAAUGAGUCAAAGAAUGAAGGAGACAGUGGAAGAAAGAGACAUAAAUCAGCUAUUUGGGUACAUUUUGAAAGGUUGCCAUUGAACAAAACUAAUGGAGAACCCCGUGCUAAGUGCAAGUAUUGCCCAACAACAAUUGGUUGUGACUCUACAAGACAUGGUACAAAUGAAAUGAGAAAACAUGUAAAAAGAUGUCUCAGAAAUCCAAACAAAGCAAAUAAGUUGGCACAAUCUUUGCUAUCGGGCUCUUAAUUAGGGUCAUCUAAAACUUUGAGUCAUCAUCUAUUUAAUCAACUUGAUUGCAAACAAGCCAUUGCGAUAUUUGUGAUAUUGGAUGAGAUGCCUUUUAAUGUUGUGGAAGGUGAUGGUUUUAAAAAGAUGAUGAGAAGGUUAGAACCUCGCUUUUAAGUCCCUUCAAGAGCGACAUUUACUAGGGAUUGCUACAAGUUGUACCUUGAAGAAGCUAGAAAGUUGAAAAGGUAUUUUAAAAAAUCUCAAAUCCGUGUUUCACUCACUACUGAUACUUAGACUUCCAAUCAAAAUGCCAAUUAUAUGUGCUUAACUGCUCACUGGGUUGAUGAGCAUUGGACAUAUCAAAAGCGAAUCUUGAAUUUUUGUGUAGUUGAAAAUCAUAAGGGAGAAACAAUUACUCAAGAAAUUGAGAAAUGCUUGCUGUUUUGGAGCAUUGAUAAGGUGUUUACAAUCACAGUUGAUAAUGCUUCUUCUAAUGACACUGCUUUGGCAUCUUUAAAGGGGGUCUUGAGGCAUUGGAAUGGUUUAGUUUGUGAUGGGGAGUUCUUGCACUUGCAUUGUUGUGCACAUAUCUUAAAUUUGAUUGUUUCUGAUGGUGUGAAGGAUAUGCACAAGUGUAUUGAAGGCAUUCGAAAUGCCAUUAAAUAUGUGAGAUCUUCUCCAUCAAGGUUUCAUAAAUUCAAGGAGCUUGUGGAAAAAAUGAAAAUUGAUUCAAAGAGGCUACUAAGCAUGGAUUGUCCAACUAGAUGGAAUUCAACUUACAUCAUGUUAGAGAGUGCUAUUAAAUUUUGCAGCGUUUUUGAGAGGAUGGAGCAGCAAGAUAAUGAUUACAGAAACUUCUUCUUAGAUAAAAAUUUGAUUGGUCCCCCUAAUGAAAAUGAUUGGAAGGAUGCAAAAGAUUUUGUGAUCUUUUUGAAGGUGUUCUAUGAUAUUACUUUGCAAUUUUCAGGAUCACUUUAUGUGACCUCAAAUGUUUGCUUUCAACAGAUAGUUGAUGUCUUUGCAAUUUUAUAUGAAAAUGCAAACAAUCAUGAUUCCUUGCUUUGUGAUAUGGCUAAGAGCAUAUUGACCAAGUAUAAUAAGUAUUGGGAGAACUUAAAGAAACUUAAUCUUUUGCUUGUGGUAGCAGUGGUACUUGACCUAAGGUAUAAAAUGAAAUAUUUGCAGUUUGCUUUUGAGGAUAUGUUUCCUGAGACUACACAACGUGAAGCUAUGACAAAAAAGGUCUCAGAUAUCUUGUAUCAUUUAUAUGAUCAUUAUUCAAGUGGGGUUGACACAUCUCAGACUCAAAGUCAGAGUCAAAGUCAGGCACAAGGAGCAAGUGAAAGUAGUUUGACUCAAUCACUUAGAUCAGAUCGUAGGCCUUUAACUUUCUCAAGUUCUAUGUUUAGGGCUUCAUUUCAAAGGUUUCUUGCCCAAAAAGAGAUUGAGGUUCAAGCAGAUAAGUAUGCAGAGGUGGACAAGUAUUUGCACGAUGAGUUAGCUGAAGCACUUGAUCUAAAUUUUGACAUUUUAACAUGGUGGAAAUUGAAUUCGGCUAAAUAUAAAGUCCUUUCAUUGAUUGCACGUGAUGUAUUGGCCAUGCCUGUUUCCACUGUGUCUUCAGAAUCUGCAUUUAGCACAGGAGGUCGUGUAAUUAAUGAUUUUAGGAGCUCCCUAUCUCCAAAGAUGGUUGAGGCACUAAUUUGUGCCCAAAACUGGCUAUCUCCAUCAACUGCAAAACUGAAAGGUGUUGAUAUUGAUAAUUUUAACAAUACAGAGCAAGCUGUGGAAGAAGAAUCAUUAGCUGCAAAUAUCUCAGUUGAAGAGGAAGAGCAAUGAGUUAAAGUUGAAGUUGAAGUUGUACUUAGGGCUUAAAUUGUUGAUUCUUGACUUGUUGUUGCACUUAUUACUUAGAAGUUACUUGUCUUUGUUAAGCUGUAUUUGUUGAAUUAUUGUUGUUAUUUGUCUUUUGAAUGUUGCUGCUGCCUGUUGAAAUGUUCUUCGUAGACUUGAUUUAAUUUGAUUUUCUAUUACUGCUUUUUUGUCCUUUAGUAGGAAAUCUUGAUAUUUCCAAAAUCUUGGUAUUUCCAAAAUCUUGAUAUUUCCAAAAUUUUGAUAUUUAAGAUGAUGGCAUAAUUAGUUGAGACUACAUUACAUGACGAAGGUCGAGAAAAAGUAGCAGGUUUAGUACCUUGAUAGUUGAUAUAGUAUAGCUUUGCUUGCAAAGCAUGCAGUCAAUUUGUGUUUUCUAAUUUGUCCUCUAAUUUGUUUCUUUCUUUGCCAUAGCAAUUUUUAAGUAUUAGGGUUAUGAUGUGAAAGAGCUUCCUAAAGAGUACAGUGAAACACUUAUAAAUUACAGGGGCAUGCUAAA